AUUACAUUUCAUGGUUGUGUGCGACUACAGCAGACCAAAUCCUCAUAUAGAAGUCAGGGGAAGUUCGAACUAGUUUGUCAUUCAGGUCUUGUCCCACUGAUGGACUGCAAGCGCGAGCUUAAGUGAAUGUUAAUAGCCGGCAUACCCCAUACAUCCCAUCCUAAAAUGAACAGCACAGUGUCUCCGUCCGUGUUGCCUCUGGACAACAGAAGUCUCUCUGAGUCCUGUACAGUGGAACCCCAACACGUGUCCAUCACUGUUUUCCUCCUCCUGGUUGUCCUGGUUGGUUUCUUCCUCAACAGUUUCAGUCUGUGGGUCUUCUGCUGCCGUAUACCACAGUGGAGCUCUGGUACUGUCCUGCAGUUUCAUUUGGCUGUCAGUGACACUGUUAUCACACCAGUUGCACCAUUAAUGGCAACAUACUUUGUUAUGGGGAGCCACUGGCCCUUUGGAGCUUUUCUGUGCAAGCUGAAGAUUGCCUUGCUGAGCAUUCACUUCUAUGGCAGUAUCCUGUUCCUAACACUCAUCAGCAUUCAUCGAUACGUGGUAGUUGUCCAGUUUAAAAGGGGCUCCUGUAUGAAACGAAAGGCAUUUGUUCAGAAUCUGUGUGCUGGAGUCUGGCUGGUUUUGCUGGCUAAGGGAAUUGCCUGUUUCUUCUUAUUAAACACAAGCCCAAUGGGAAACCGCACACAAUGUCUCAGCAUUCAUCAGGAAAAAUACAUUGACGUCUACUUCGCCAUCAACUUCGUUAUGCUCAUCCCUGGGUUCCUACUGCCUCUCUCAGUGGCAGUGACCUGCUAUGUUCAGCUAGCAAGAUCAAUGUCUCGUAUCAAUAUCAACAUGUCCAAGGGCCGUGAUAUAAAGGCCAAGUCACGUAAAAUGGUGGCCAUGUGUCUGGUGAUAUUUGCACUGUGCUUCACUCCUCUGAACGUGAUACGAACUGUGGCUGUCAUAUUAAAGAAGUACUUUCCAGAACAAUGCAGUCUUCUCCUGCAGGUGGAGACUGCAUACUAUAUCUCCUGGAUUUUGGCUGGAGCAAACUGCUGCCUGGACCCAUUGCUUUAUUGUUUUGGAUCACACAACUUUGUCAAGGCUAUUCAUAGGUCUCUCAGAAAAUUUGAUGUCAAAUUUAAAGAAGACCCGGCCACAAAUGACCAGAUCAUCUAUGAUACUGCUAUUGAUUCUCCCUCCAUUGACUUAGAAGACAUCCACACCCAGCAUUCGAACACGUCUUGAAUAAGGAACCUCAUAGUAGUAUAAUCACAUUGGCUUAUUGUUUGUGUUUGCUCAGUGUCUUUUUCUUUUUACAUAAAUAGUAUCUAACAUUGACAUGGGACCUGUGAAGGAAGAAUGUACAGGUAAGUGCCAAAAUAAAGGAAACACUUGAGUAAACGAGGGAUACAAAGUAUAUUGAAAGCAGGUGCUUCCACACAGAUGUGGUUGUUGAGUUAAUGAGGUAAUUAACAUCUCAUGCUUAGCGUCAUGUAUAGAAAUGCCCAGUUACCUAUGAUUUUGGCUACAAUGGCUAGUCAGUCAGUCAGUCAGUCACCCACCAGAUCUCAACCCAAUUGAACACUUAUGGGAGUUUCUGGAGCAGAGCCUGAGACAGAUUUUUCCACCACCAUCAAACAAACACCAAAUUCUGGAAUUUCUUGUUGAAGAAUAGUGUUGCAUCCUUUCAAUAGAGUUCCAGACACUUGCAGAAUAUAUGACAAGGCACAUUGAAGCUAUUCUGUUGGCCCGUGGUGGCCCAACGCCUUAUUAAGACACUUUAUGUUUGUGUUUCCUUUAUUUUGAAAGUUACCCGAGGGUGAUCAUAAAUGUAUUAUUUUAUUGAUGUGUUAUAAUAUAAUUAGAUACUGUCAUAUGGCAUACUGUAAUUGUAAAGCAAAACAUGCUCUGUUUUAAACUAAUUCAAUUGUAUAUUGUAUGCAUUUUAAAAGGAAGAUCUUUCCCACAGUCUUCAUUUGUAAUAAGUCCAUUUGAGUCAGUUAUACUGUAUGGUUUAGUUUAAAGUCACUUUUUUUGUGGUUUGAUGAUUGCAUUGCUGAUGACGAAAAAAUAUUGUCAUUACUUUCCCCGCAUCAUGCAGGAAGUCACUAGAGGUGUUGUGAGAAGAGGUGCUCACACUGUCCCAUUCUGAGAGCAGCAAGUGUGACUGGUGUAAUGCUUUACAAAGCUUGGUAAGGUCUCCCUUAUGGGUUUAUAAUAGCAGGUUGUCUCUGACAAAGGCAGAUGGUAGAGAGAUGCGCAUAUUUGCUUACUGUUAACAAUAUACAGUUAUAAAUUGAGAAUUGCAGUCUUGAUCUUAAUAUCAUGGUUCAUAAAUAUUUAGUUUUAGGCUACCUUUAUUCACAUUUCAGAUGUUUUUGUUUAAAUCCAGAUCUGUACCUGGGUUUGUGAACUGGAUAUUCUUAGACAUUCUUACCAUUGUGAGAUAUAAUUGUUGAGAGGCAGUGCAAGAAAAUGUGGCAACACAGGAAAAGUUCAAUGCAAUAGCAUCCUUUGACAUCAGUCUAUGAAGUGUUGCAAGAUACAAUAAAAUGGUUUAAAUGCAUGAAAAUGAGAAACAACAUUUUAAUAUAUUUUUGGGGGUAAUCAUUUUCCCAUCCUAAAUAUUACUCUUCAUAAAUGUUUCCUUCAAAGGUGUUUUAAGAAUAUCUACUUCCACUCUACAUCGAUUUCUUCUCAAGAUGACCAGCACAGAGUCACCCUCCAUGUCGCUCCAGUCCCUGACCACUAUCCCAGCAAACAUAAAUGCCGACAUAACCACCAUCCCAGCCAACCGCAGUAACACUGAGCUCUGUACAGUGGAAUCCCAACAUGGUUCCAUCCCUGUGAUCCUAAUCCUGGUCUUUGUGGUUGGCUUCCUCCUCAACAGCUUCAGUCUGUGGGUCUUCUGCCUCCGUAUACCACAUUGGAGCUCUGGUACCACCCUGCAGUUCAACUUGGCCCUGAGUGAUGCCCUUGGCACCCCUGCAACUCCCCUGAUGGCUGUAUACUUAACCAAUGGCAGCAACUGGACAUUUGGACCAUUACUGUGUGUAUUCAAGAUUGUCCUUCUAAGUGCACACUUCUUCGGCAGCAUCCUGUUCCUCAUGCUCAUCAGCAUUCAUCGUUAUGUGGUGGUUGUCAAAUUCAACAAAAGCUCCCGUAUGAAACAAAAUGGGUUUGUAAGGAAGUUAUGUGGUGGAGUUUGGUUGCUGCUUCUAGUAGAAGCUCUUGUCCUAACUUUCUUUCUUCCACCCAGUAAGGAGGGAGAUAAAACCCAAUGUCUGACCAUCCAUCAGCAUGAUCUGACAGAUGUGUACUUUGUCAUUAACUUCUUCUUAUUCAUCUUAGGAUUCCUUCUGCCUUUCUCAGUGGCUGCAGAAAGCUAUCGUCGCCUGGCAAACUCAGUGUCUCAACUCAAUAUUAACUCAGCAAGGGGCCUUGCCGUUAAGAUCAAAUCACAGAGGAUGAUAGGUAUCUGCUUAGUGAUAUUUGGGCUCUGCUUUCUACCACUAAAUUUAGUGCGGACAAUAGGGGUAGUGGUAAACAAAUACAGUGAAGCUUGUACGAUGCUUCGACAUUUGGAUACGGCAUAUUAUGUGUCAUUCAUCCUGGCAGGUGUCAAUAGUUGCCUGGAUCCUCUGCUGUAUUGUUUUGGGUCCCAGACGUUUAGAAAGGCCUUUCAGGGUGGAUCCUUCAGUGUGCGUCGGAUGAACACUCAAAGAAGUACAACAGAGCUUUGAGUGAGUCGGAGACAGAGAGGUUAUCAAUUACACUGCAAUAUUAUUUAAUAUAUCACGUUCUAUGUACAGUAUGCUGCUUUCUGUGUUUCAUAUUCAUGUCUCAGUGAUAAUUAUCUGGAUUGGGGUCAUAUUGGGUCAACUUUUUAACUGUUAAACUAAAUUGUUUUUUAUUUUCCUUGUGUAUGAAUUGUUAUCAUAUUUUGUAAUGUAAUUAUUGUUUCUUUGACCUUUUUGCUUUUAUUUGAGAAAAUAAUAAUGUAUGAGGUCAAUACCUGUUCAAAAUCUGGAUUAAAAGAAAACGUACCUCUA